UCGUCACGUGCCUACAAUUCGGGGAAACCCCUUGUUACACCUUCAACAAAAAGUUAGAUCACAAGACGACAAUUAUAGUUUAUGUUGCAAAGCUGAGCGAAAAUCGUAUAAAAGUUUCACAUUUAGACAUCGUUGCUUCAAAAUGGAUUUGUUUAGAAAGAAACCAACGCUUGAUGAAACGAUAUUUCAACUUCGUUUUACUGGAAAACAAAUUGACAAGAUGGCAGCAAAGGCAGAGAAAGAACAGAAAAAGGAGCUUAACAAAGUCAAAAAGGAAUUAAGCUUGGGAAAGGAGAGAUAUGAGUUUGCACAACUUUAUGCAGAGAAUGCUAUUAGGAAAAAGAAUGAAUGUUUGAACUACAUGAGAUUGUCAUCCAGAUUAGAUGGAGUGGCCUCAAGACUCAAAACAGCUCAAUCCAUGAAACAGGUAACCAAAGAUAUGGGUGCAGUGACCAAUGGUUUGGAUCAAGCCAUGAAAUCAAUGGAUUUAGAAAAGGUGGCGAAAAUUAUGGACAAGUUUGAAUCACAGUUUGAAAACUUGGAUGUCCAUGCUUCUGUAAUGGAAAACUCCAUGGGUUCUGCCAUGGCUUCCACCACACCUCAGGACCAAGUACAGUCUCUCAUACAGCAAGUUGCAGAUGAGAAUGGGUUAGAAAUUUCCAACCAGCUCGAUGCUACACCAGUUGGAUCACAUACUCUUGAAAGUGAGAGAGCAGCUCCAUCAGAAGAAGAGGAAUUGGAAAGAAGGUUACGUGCCAUGAGGGGAGCAGCACAGUAGUUUGGUUUGUUUAUCACUGCCUGAAAAUUUCUGCUUAGUUGAAACUUUUGAAACAAGAUAACGUUCCUGCCUUCGAAAUGCUCAACAACAUAUAUUGUUAUGGGCAUUUUCGAAAAAAACAAAACAUUUUUUAUGCAGUUAUUUUUGACACAUGAGAGUGUAUUAUAUUACUUUAAUGUUUAAUGUAUAUACAUGCUUAAUUGCAUUUUUGUUGUCUUAAAAUUCUUGUCUUUUACUUUGAAAAUAUGCACACAUGUGUAUUAGUUCUAUAAUACCAGUUUUCUUGGAUAAAUGGUUUUAAUGUUUGCAUGUGACUAUAUUUGUGUGUAGUUUUAGUAUAAAUAAUUGAACAUUGAA